CUAUCGAUGCAAUGCCAUCUCUAUCCGACUGCCUUGAGUUUCGUCGCUGAAAAAGAAUUUCAGAAGAACUUAUUUAUAAAUUUCGAUAGAAAAUCGCGGGAAUAUUUACGUCCAGAGCACGCCCAAAUGUUUGCAAACACAAAGCGCGUGCUUAUCAGACUAGGAUAGUUGAAACUAGAAAUAUUCCCGCAGCAUGGCAGCUAACAACAGCAGCAACAUACACAACCUGGUCGGUGGAACAGGUGCGGGAGGCAUGACGUCCUCCGUGAUUGCGUCGACGGGAACGCCAGGAAUGGGAUCCUCGCCAGCGCCUGUGGCCUCUAGUUCCUCUGCCUCCACCUCGUCCGCCUCCUCCGCCGCGCAGAGUGCCUGGGAUCAGCUAACGGCGAGUGCCUCCAACAACAUGGCUCCAUCACCGACUGCCGGAGCUCCCACGGUAACGGGACCUAUAUUACCGGAUAAUCAGGGCAGUGGAGCGGGCAGCUCACCGGUGGCCAGCUGCUCAUCUCCCUCAACGCCAACGAAGUCGCAUGCACCGUCGCCGCUAGAGAGCAUGGCGCACACGCCGCAGGGACCACCAACUUUGGGACCCGGUGGAUACGGCGAGGAGCUCACCGCCGAGCUGGUCAACCAAGGAUGGCGCAAGUUUUGGUCGAAAAGGGAGAACCGACCGUAUUAUUGGAACAAGGUCACCGGAGAAUCGCUGUGGGAAAUGCCCGGCACUAGACCAUUUGAUCCGCUAACCGAUCCCUUGGGCAUAUGCCAUGCGGGCGGACCCACGCCCAUGACGCCCAAUUUGCACCAGCAGCCACAGCAUCAGCACCACCAUCAUCACCUGAAGCGUCGGCCGUCGGAUGAUAUGCACAUCCACCCGAAUCAGCAGCACCAUGUAGGCGGUGGCCCGCCAAUGAAGAAGUUUGUGCUGGCCGGUCCCUGGGAUCUAGAGGUGUGCACCAAUGCAGUGAUUGUGGAACGUCCGCCCACCCUUCUGCCGCAACCGCAUCCAGAAGUAGAGGCACUACGUGCGGCCUUCACAAUGAAGCUGCUGAAAACCUACGAGGAUCUGUGCAUGCGCAGGGAGAAUAUCAAGGCCCCCAGGGAUUCCUUUAAUCGCUGGCUGAUGGAGCGCAAGGUCAUAGACACCGGUUGCGAUCCGCUGUUGCCUAGCAGUUGCCUGCCAGAAAUCUCUAGCUCCAUGUACCGCGAGAUCAUGUCGGAUAUACCCAUAAAGAUCGUAAAGCCCAAGUUUACUGGCGAUGCCAGAAAGCAGCUUUCCCGCUACGCAGAGGCAGCGAAGCAGAUCAUUGAAUCCCGAUCGGCGCCGGCUGAAUCCAAGAAGGUUGUCAAGUGGAAUGUGGAGGACACGUUCCAGUGGCUAAGACGCACUGUGGGCGCCAGCUACGAGGAUUUCCAGGAUCGUCUGGCCCACUUAAAGCGCCAGUGUGAACCGCACUUGGUGGAGACUGUCAAGAGUUCGGUGGAAACCUUGUGUGUCAAGAUCUAUCAUUUGUCGGCGGAUCAUGCUCGGAAGAUACGGGAGCGGCACUUGCAGCUCCUCAAGGAGCACGGAAUACCGGAACCGACGCCACCUCCACCACCGCCGCACUUAAAAAAAGUGUGGUGCUAUCCCAUACAGUUUGCCGUCCCAUCGCCACGGAUGCCGACGAUUGAGUACUUGCAGGAUCGCGACCACAUGAUCAUAAAGUACACGCCCGCCACAAUCAAUCAGCCGGAUGCGCAGUAUAUCAACCUCACCUAUCUACAGAAACUGGAGCAGCUGUACCGCCACAAUUGUUUCGAUGACAAAAAGUUCGAUCUGUUCAUCGGGCGGGUGUGGUGUCUGCUCAAGCGGUACCAGACCUUCCUGGGCAAUGCUCUGAAUUCCUCCCAAGAGGCCGAGCUUACCCAGGCGGCGUUGCCCGUGCCAGUGUUCGAGUGUCUCCAUCGGCACUUCGGCGUAAGCUUUGAGUGCUUCGCCUCACCAUUCAAUUCCUAUUUCCGGCAGUACUGCUCUGCGUUCGCCGAUACGGAUGCUUACUUUGGUUCCAGGGGUCCCUUUCUGGACUUCAAGCCCGUUUCCGGAUCCUUCCAAGUGAAUCCCCCUCAUUGCGAGGAGUUGAUCGAAGCCUCAUUGCUGCACAUCGACAAACUGCUCACCGAUACCAUGGAACCACUUAGCUUUAUUGUAUUUCUGCCGGAGUGGAAGAGUAUAUCCAAGCUGGACGAUAGCAUGUACAAGCGUCGCUCUAUGGUGGUUUUAGGCAUGGCCCACGAGUACAGGCACGGCUAUCAGCAUAUGCUGCAAAAGUCCGAUGUGCUGAUCAAGUGCAUGCAGGGCACCCAGGUGGUGUGGCUGCAAAAUAGCGCCGGAUACGCUCGAUGGGGACCCAACGAGAUACGCGUAGAAGCCCUGCGCGAAGCCUUUAGGCCGCAACGAGAUCGAGAGCGUGAGCGAGCGGCAGCGGCGGCGGCAGCAGCUGGAGUGACAACCAGUCAGCAAUCGCCAGCGACGCCGCCAUCCGCCUCAUCAUCGGCACCAACAACCAUAUCCAGUGCGAACAGUGGAUCCAACAGCAACACAUCCGCCACAGCCGUUACAACGAGUGCCAGCAGCAGUCCAUCGCCGGCGGCCACUUCAUCCUCGAUGUCGCCAUUGUCGCCGCACACGCCCACCGGGAAUCCGCCGCCUCAGUUCCCGAUGACGAUCAGUAACACUAGCAGCAGUAGCAAUCUGGUGGCCGCUUCGCCCACGAUGAGUGUGCAAAGCGAUUGCUCAUCGCCUUCUUCUUCAACUAUGUCCCUGUCACCGGCACCGGCAUCGGGAGGAUAUCCGGAUGGAGGGACAUCCGCCACAGCGGCCGCGGUAAGCAUUACGGCCACGGCGAGUACAUCGACGGCUGGAGCCGGAUCUGCAUUUGGCCAGGCCAAUAGCAUCAGUAGUUCCGCCUCCACCCAAGCGGUAAUCAAUUCAGCCGUCUAGAGGGCAUCCUUUCUGGGAUCCCGCAAUCCAUACUUGGUUAUCUUUUGUCCACGCUAUCAGUGCACUUUCUUUUAGCAUAAAUUAGGGAUACAUUUUUGAGCAGGAGGCAAACCAAUUGGGGUUAAUGUCACACCACUGGCCAUCGGUUACCGGUGCCAAGCCGAUUUUAAAUAAUUUCUAAUCAAUCAAGCGAAAUUGAUUUAAUUUUAUUAAUUCCAAUUAAAACAAGGCUUUAAAAUUUAAUAUAUUGUUAAAAAUAUUUUCUAUUUGUUGUCAAAAAUUUGUCAUCAAAUUUCCACACUGUUCGGUCUUUGGCAGCUGGUAAUGCCCCAAUCGAAAGAUAUGAUUAAUUGUAAAUAUGUUAUAUUUAAUUUGUAAUAGCUGAUAAAUCCCGGCCUGGCCGCUGUUUAUCUUAUGUAUCGAGUAUACCCAACAAACAAGGGCUUAGCUCCCCAAGAACCACAUCGCUACCCGUUCUCAGUAUGCAGUCUGCUAAAAACUACAAAAUGAGUUGCAGAUCGAAAUAAAACUAACUCUGUUUCCAGUGUUGCGCUGAUCAACUCUUUUAAGUAGAUGCAGUUUAUGCAAUUGGAGUAAUAGAUUUAAAUAUAUCUGAUUUUGUUGUUUCUAGCGCGCUGCAUACUAAGGAUAAGUUAGAGAAUGGUUCCCUAGCCUUGUUUUUUCGUAUAUUCCGCAAUGGUUUUCCAUUCACAAAACAAAGCAUACAAUAAAAACCCAUUUAAACGAA